GGCACAGGUGGGUGCAAUGCUGGGCACAGGUGGGUGCACUGCUGGGCACAGGUGGGCGGAGCUAGUGGGCGCACUGCUGGGCACAGGUGGGCGGAACUUGCGGGUGGCACUGCUGGGCACCAAUCAUCAGGGCACUGAUCAUCAGUGCCCUGAUGAUCGUGUGAGGAAAGUGCAGCCGAGAACCGGCACUUGCAUUUCCCUCUGAUCAGCGUGUCAUUGGACACCGCUGAUCACGUGGUAAAAGGCCGCUGUGAUUGGCCUUUUACCACAUCACGUGAUCAGCUGUG